GGCGAUAUUCCCAUUCUCAUCCCCAUUCUCAUGCACACCUGAACACACACAUGUCGAACAACAACAACGUCGUCCUCAUCACCGGCGCUGCAGGUUGGCUGGGCAGUCUGCUGGCGCGCACCAUCUUGGAGGAUCCAAAAAGUCCCAAUCUGUAUCUUAUUCUCGCUGAUAUCCUCAAGCCAGAGGCACCCAGGGGCACCAGGGCCAUCACCAUCAAGGCGGACUUGACAGACAAGACCCAGGUCAACACGCUAUUCGAGACCGACUUUGGUGUUCCAGACACCGUGUAUUGCUUACACGGCAUCAUGUCCCGCGGCUCAGAGGACAAUUUUGAUCUCGGUUUGAAGGUCAACGUCGACGCGGUUCGACUCGUUCUCGAUGCAGCCCGCCACCAGGGGGCAUCUGCAGGCCGUCUCAUCAGAUUUAUAUUCGCAUCCUCGCUCGCCGUCUAUGGUGGACCCUUGCCUCAUGUCAUUACCCCCGAUACCAUUGCCAGCCCAGAAGGCGCUUAUGGCAUGGGAAAGCUCGUUUCUGAGCUCCUCAUCAAUGAGUACACCAGGAGAGGCUUCGUCGACGGGCGCAUCAUGCGUCUCCCUACUAUCGUCGUACGCCCUGGCGUCCCAUCUGCAGCCACAUCAGCUUUCCUCUCCGGUAUCAUUCGCGAACCGCUGAAAGGCGUCGAAACGACCUGCCCCAUCGGUAACUCGCUCGACUCUCCCGAGCUCGAUCUCGCAGCAUGGCUAGCGAGCCCCGAAACCACCAUGAAGAACUUUGUCAUCGCCAAACACAUACCGUCCGAGAAAUUCCGUGCGCACACCCGUGUCGUCUGUCUCCCGGGGUUCACUGCGACUGUGAGGGACGAGUUGUGGGCGUUGGAGGAGGUGGCUGGGAAGGAGGCGCUGCGGUUGGUGAAGUUUAAGGACGAUCCGACGAAUCGUCGUUUGGUAUCUUCGUGGCCUGCGCGGUUUGAUAACUCGUAUGCACUGAGCCUGGGGUUUGUGGUGGACGAAGGUGGGAUGGUCCCUGUCGUGCAAAGGUUUAAAGAAAAAGUACAAGCAGGGGUAGCUUAGAGUGAUUGGAAAUUAAACCUUUGUCGAUCUCUGUAUGCUUUGCUCAUAGCUGCUAAUGUUGAGCGCAUAUAUAUAUAUGUAUUUGUCUCUGAGCAAA